GCUCUUCUUCUCCUCCUCCCCAUACAUACCUACUCGCUACUCCUCAUCUUCUCUCCUCUGUAUACUUAGUUACGGUACCUACUCACCUCGCUUUUGAUUCUCUGCCCUUAUAUCCUGUAGCUGCCCUCUCUCCCUCCAUCCCGCUCGACGACGCGAAACACACAAGCAGAAGGAUAUCCUGCUCUGGAGCAAAGCCUGCGCGUUGCUGGUCUACGCCACAAUUUCUUGUCAUACGUCCUCGCUACCUGGGCGAACAGCUCUAGACCCGAGUCCCAUUGUCCUCUGCAUAGUCAUCCCUCUUCGACCGUUUUCUGGAUCGCAUCUUUACCGUUGUGGCGUGUCUCUGCGGCAGGUCUCAGAACUAUUCUUAGACGGAACAUAUCAACACCAAAGAAAAGCGUCAUAUCUUCUCCCUCUACGCCUAUAGACCCCCUUGGCUUUGCCCCUUCAGAUUCGACUGCUGAAUACACUGCCUCCAUGUAUCCUUGACCAACUUCUUUCGCUUUGGAAGUCGAUCCUUGAUAACCACCUACUUGAGCUACUAUCCUCAAAGCGUGCGGCAGCAGUCUCUGACGUUUGGUCUCGUCGAUAUCAAUCCAGAUGGCGCCCGAAGGGCAAACCAAGCAAAGCCGGUGGCGGCUCGGCCGUCACGGUGGUGCAGCAGCUGAGAAGGCUGGUGAAAAGCCUGGGCCGACCAAAUGGAGCAUGGGCAUGUUGAACGAUCCGGAAACUAUUGAGGUUCCAGGCUCCGUCUUGCUUCUGGCUAGUGACCGCAACGAGCCACUCGGCCUGCGCAAUGUUCAUGCUCGCACUUCGCACUCGUCCAUUCCUGUUGGCUUUCCUGUCGGGACUCCCAGGACGCCCGGCGGCACUCAGCUAUCACCGUGGACUCCCUCCGAACCCGAGAAGCCCGUGGAAGAGACUGCCGGCAAGAAGAAGACGGGCGAUGGUAAGAUCAUCUUGGAUCCGCAGCCGGAGGAAUCUGCAAACGAUCCCCUGAACUGGCCCUCCUGGCGGCGAGAUUGCGCCCUCCUUUCCCUGGGAUUCUACUGCAUGAUCGGAGGCGGCAUGACGCCCCUGAUUGCUGCGGGAUUCACCAACGUUGCGCAGGACUUUGACGUGUCUGUCGAGCACGUGUCCCUCACCACUGGCCUUUACAUGAUGGGCUUGGGCCUUGGGUCUGUCAUUGCCUCUCCCACCGCCAUUCUGUUCGGCAAACGACCUGUGUACCUCGCUGGAGCCAUCCUCUUCAUCGGCACCUGCAUCUGGGCUGGAUACUCGCCCAGCUUCUCCUCCCUCAUCGCCGCCAGAGUCUUCCAGGGCGUUGCUGUGUCUCCGGUAGAAUGUCUGCCGUCUGCCACCAUUGCCGAAAUCUUCUUUCUCCACGAGCGCGCGUACCGAAUCGGAAUCUACACCCUCUUGCUCUUGGGAGGCAAGAAUCUUGUACCCCUCGUCAGCGCCGCCAUCAUUGGUCGCUUUGGAUGGCGCUGGGCUUUCUUUAUUGUUGCCAUGGUCGUGGGGUUUGCAUUCGUCCUACUCUUCCUCUUUGUCCCAGAGACCUUCUGGGAUAGGACGCCAACACGGCGAGUUUCGAGACGACCUAGUUUCCUUCGCCGGCUGUCAUCCCGCCAUGCCGACCCUGCUCAUGCAUCGGCCGGUCCCCUCUCCCCUCGGGGAAAAUCACCGGAGGGCUCGCGGUCCCCGGGGGCCAUCGAGCGCCGCAGAGAGGGAGGCGGACCGGGGGCAGCCAACCCCGGGGAAUCCUCGCGCGGACCGUCAAUCCACAGUCCCCGAGCCUCCGUCACGUCUCCGCGGUCUAGUCUAGCCCCUGAACGCGGCCGACAACUCCAUUCAACACCGCCUCCCGUUCACAGCGGAGCCAACAGCAUGGUGAUUACCGAGUAUUACUCGACAGCGCCCAAUCUCGACAACGAAAGGUUCCCCUCGUGGAAGCUCAGAGCGCCCCCAAAGGUCAAGGCGUACACCCACAACCUCCGCAACCAGCCGGCCCAGACCUUUGUUCAGCAGCUCAAGCCCUAUCAUGGGCGGCUCAACAACGACAACUGGUUCAAGGUCAUGGCUAGGCCGUUUAUCCUGUUUGCGUACCCCGCCGUCCUCUGGUCCGCCGUCAUCUACUCCUGCUCCAUUGGUUGGCUGAUUGUCAUCUCCGAGAACCUGGCUGUCAUCUACCGUAACCCGGACGGAUACAACUUCACGGCUCUCCAGACCGGCCUCGUCUACGUCUCGCCCUUUGUCGGCGGCAUCCUUGGCACUGGCGUGGCCGGUAAGAUCAGCGACAUCAUUGUCCGGGCCAUGGCUCGUCGCAACGGGGGCAUGUAUGAGCCAGAGUUUCGCCUCGUCAUGGCCAUACCGAUCCUGAUCACCACGUGCAUAGGGCUCAUGGGUUUCGGAUGGUCUGCGGAGGAGAGGGACAGCUGGAUUGUCCCCACCAUCUUCUUCGGCAUCACCUCGUUUGGCUGCUCCCUCGGCUCGACAACGUCCAUCACCUUUUGCGUUGACAGCUACCGCCAGUACGCCGGCGAAGCCUUGGUGACGCUCAACUUUUCAAAGAACGUGCUCCACGGCUUGGUGUUCAGUCUGUUCAUUUCCCAGUGGCUUGCCGCGGACGGCUCGAAGAGCGUGUACAUCUAUCUCGGCGUCAUUCAGCUCAUCUUCUGCCUGUGCUCCAUUCCCAUGUACAUCUUUGGCAAGAGGGCGCGCAUGUGGACGGCGCGCAAGAACCUCAUGGAGAAGUUUUAG